AUGAUUGCAAACACCUUCGCCCUUACCUUUGCGUUUUUAUCAGUGGCGCAUGCCUUGAAACUCCACGCCGAGCCAAACCUUAAGAAAAUCAAGAUUGCGGCCGCUCAAGUCAAGCCCGCCUACCUUGAUCGUGCCGGCACGACUGGCAUCAUUGUCGACUGGAUUGACAGAGCUGGGAAACAAAAUGUCACUGUCUUAGGCUUUCCUGAAGCCUUUCUGCCAGGAUAUCCUUCUUGGUUCUCCUAUCAUCCUGUCGACAGCAACUUGGCAUACGACCUUCACCUUAAGCUUUUCGAAAACGCGAUUUCUGUUCCUGGCCCGGAGACCGAACUGAUAGGUGAAGCAUGCCGCAAAGCGGGCAUCUAUGCCGUCAUCGGUUGCUCUGAGAAACGAGAAAAUACGACUGGAACAAUGUGGAAUACACAAUUGGUCUUCGGACCAAGCGGUGAUAUUUUACUAAAACAUCAGAAAUAUGUUCCCACGACAAUGGAACGGCUACCACACAUGCCUGGCACAACUGGAUCUCAAGCAGCUAUUCAAACGGACUUCGGCGGUCUAUCAACGUUGAUCUGCGGGGAGAACUCCAACCCACUUGCUGCGUACAAUCUUGUGGCGACCGACAGUCCAACUGUGCAUGUUGCGUCCUGGCCGACUCAUUUCGCUGGUGGAUGGUCUCUUUACAACUGCACAUUGAUUGCGUCAAAAGCUCUUGCAUACACAAUGAAGGCCUUCGUCAUCAACGCCUGCGCGGUCAUCGGAGACGACGCAAUUGCUGCUUGGCAGCCACCAGAUGAUGAAAGAAAGUUGAUUGCCGAGGAACGAAAGCUUGGUUUAUCAACCAUCAUAGAUCCUAUGGGUGAGGUCAUUGCUGGUCCAGCAGAAGCAGGCGAAACGCUCCUGGUCGCGGAGGUUGACCUAACAGAAACCGUGGUUGCCAAGUACACGCACGACUUUGGUGGUCAUUACAAUCGGCCGGACAUAUUUGCGCAUCUCUUCACGGAAUACUUCAGCAAGGAUACUUAG